UUGGAAACCCUACCAACGCUGCUGUCAAUCAAGUCUGCUGUUGCACAAGCUGGAUUGGACCUGCAAGUCUUCCAACUUUGUCUCAUACGAAAUGGCCGAUGGAAAUCAUGAAGGAGCUGAGGAAGAUGCUGAAGAGGACACUAAUGAGAUUCCUUAUACUGACCAGGAUGAAGUCAGCCAUGCUCCUCUGCCACAGGACCAAUGCGAUCUCCUGUUAGAUGCCAUCGAUGCCCAGUUGAGUCGCCUGCGGGUGCAGAACAGCAGCCAUGGGAUUGAAGGUUUCUCCAGAAAAAACUAUUGCAUGAAUACAGUUCAUGUGAGCAGAAGCCAGUCCAUGAGCAGGGACACAGGUUUGGGAAGUACCAUUCCCACUAAUGACUCCCCCAUAUCUUGCCUUGACUUGGUAUGCUCAGAGAAAAAGGACCUUUCUUCAGAGAAGAGCUCAAGAGGCAGGGUGGAUGCUUCUGAUCAGGAGCAGAGGGCAGCGUACGAGAAAGAAGUCGUUCUAGAGUCCCGGACAGAGGAGUGUCGUUGGCGGCUCGAGAGGCUGUUGGGGGAUGAUGCCUGUGGGGGGGUAUUGAUGGAAGAGCUGCGCCCCCCUGCAGAAAGCGUGUGCACCGAGGACUUUGCCGUGCGCUUCAGAGACGAGAUGGUGGCGGGGCUACCAGACGGGACCACACCGAGACUGGCUAGAGACCGGAGUAACAACAUGGGACAGCCCUCUACACAGGAAGGGUCUGAUAGCAGAGCAGCCCUCUCAGGCACCUGUCCGAAAGAGGGCUGCUCCUGUCCAUUUCUGUUACCCCAGCCAGCCACGGUGUCAGUGCCUGGUACUAUCAGCAGCAGCAGCAGUGGUGGUACGGGAGUUGUCACUGAGGACCGUUCCAGUUUAGAGCAUGAGGGAACCAAGGAGAACAGGAGCCAUUCUUCCAGAGCCACCACCAGACGCUUGGCAGGAGUGCCAGUAUGGAAUUUUGACACAGUGACCAUGGACAGUGACCUGGAGUCUGUCCGCACAGAGACGAUCAGACAGCACAUCAACAGCAGGCCAGGAUGCCUUUCUGCCAUUCAGUCUGUCGAGCACAUGGAUGGUCUCCACACUGACCACACUGACUGUGACACAUCAUCUCAGGAGCUGAGUGAUCUCCAGGUUAUCCCUGUGCUGAGCGCUAGCAAUGGACCUGUGACCAGCGAAGGGGUCCCCCUCCGUAAAGCACACAAAAGCAGAAGAAAUACUCCCAGAUCUAUGCUCUCUGUAGAUGACGAUGAGGAAACAGAUCAGCGAUGUGUCUGCCGAAGGAGAGAAAGGCCUAACCAGUCUGCAGGAUACCAUGAUUGUGAGGAAGAAGAGAGGAGGGAGCUGAGGAGAGCUGAGCUUUGUGAGACGGAGCUGUUCUUCACUGACCUCCGUCCGAAAAGAAAGGAUGCUGUUCAGGAAUUGGACCAGCUGUCCGUGGGGGUGGAGCAGAUGGAGCUGGAAGGGCGGAGUCAGGAGGCCGGCCUAGGUGACAGCAAGGCAGAGGCAGACAGUACCAGUUGUCAGCUUCGUCGGUUGCAGAGGCAGAGGGACUGUUGCGUGCAGGAGGUCAGGAAUAUGGAGGAGGAGAUGGCUGCUCUGUGUAAACACAAACGUGUCCACACAGACAAUUCGUUGUCCUUCAGGAGAAGUGUCAGAAUGUCUGUCCUUGAGAGAGAAGAGUUGGACAGACAGCUGGAGAGUGCCAAAACAGAGCUGUUUGCUGAGCAACGGCGUUCUAGACUCAAGCUGGAGACCGUGCAAGAGAGGUUGGAUGAGGCUCGUGAGCAACUCCAGCAUGUGACAGAUGAGGAGAGGUCACUAAGGGACAGGUGUGCAUGUCUGGAGGAGAAACACAGGCAGAAACAGGAGCAGGAGGAGGCAGUGUGGUUGAUGGUUUGUAAACUGCAGACUGAGCUGGGGGAGAGUGAGAGCAGGGUGGGAGCCCUGGAGAGGAUAGUUGCCCAGAAGGAGCUGCAGCUGCUGGGACUCCAGGAGGAAAUGGGUGCCCUGCAGGCACAGAGAGAUGGCCUGCAGGAGGAGCUCCAGAGCAUGAGGGAGCAGCACAGCAUUACCCUAAGAGAGAUCCAAGAGCAGGCUCAUAUUCAAGCUGAAGAAGAGAAAGCAAUGGCUCUCAGAGCACAGGCCCUGUCUCAUACCAAGCACACCGAGUCCGUACAGAAACACCUCCAGAUGAAGGAGGAGGAAGGCAGGAAGCUGAAGGAGGCCCUUCAGAAGCAGAAAGAGGUGAUGAGGAGGCGAGAGGAGGAGCUGCGUGCUGAAGCUCAGAAGAUGAUUAACACCUUAGAGCAGGAGAGGAAGACAUGGGAAAGAGUAAAGAAAGAAGCUCUACAGGUGCAGUCUGGGAUACUGGAGGAGCAAGGCCGGAAGGCUCUGGAGACCAUCCGUGGGGAAUUUGAGACGGAGAAGAGGAAUGCCUUGGUUCUUCAGAACAAAGUGGUGGAAUUACAGACAAGAGUGCAGGAGCUGGAGAGUGAGAGCCGCACGCAGCGGAGGAAGUGGUCUGAGAUGAGCGAGUCCCUGAAAGAGGAGCACCAAGCUGAGCUACAAAGAGUACACAGGCUCAUGGAGCAGGAGGGCCAGAGGGAGACGUUGAGGCUGGAGCAGGUUGUCCGGUGGGCGGAGGAGGAGGCGGGCAGGCUGCAGGCAUUGCUGGCGGAGAGGGAGCACAGAUACAAGCAAGCCACGGCCAGGCUGGAGCAGCAGCUCAGACACUGGGCCCAGGAGCUGGGAGACGAGUGUCAGCAUCUACAGCACCUGCUGGAACACACCGGGACCAUACACAGCUCCCUUCAGCUCCCACACAGUCCUACAGUGGCCCAAGCUGUUCCCAUCCUGCAGGCUCUCAGAGAGCAGUUGCAACAAUCAGUCAACCAACUACAGCAGGAGCUGGAGUCACAGAGACGCAGCACUCAGCAGCUGAGCCUGGACAAGGAGCAGAGUUUACAUGCUCAGAGGGAGCAGAUGUUGAUGGAGAGAGACCAGGCUCUGGGCUCACUGAAGGAGAGACUCAUUAAGGAUCACAUUGAGGAGCUGAGCGUUCUCCAGCGGGCCCAGGUGUGGGAGGGAGGAGAGGAGACAGGAGGUGUUGUUGCUUCCUUGCGCAGGCAGCUGCAGGCUAAAGACCAGGAACUGCACCAGGUACAGAGGAGCAUGGGUCAGUGGAAGGAGCAGAUGACAGCUCGUCUGGCGGGCAAGUUUGAGGCGGAGCUGACGAGCGAACUUGUGAGGUGCAAAGCAAAGUUGCUUAAUUGGAGAAAGGCACCUAAGGCACAAGAGGAGAAGCAGAGGAAGCUGGAGAAACUGGAGGAGGAAAUGAGACAUAUUACUGAGACAUGCAGUGUGUCUGGAGCCCAGCAGUCAGCCUCUUCUCCCACCCUCCACAUGAGGCGUCCCCAUGCCCCUCCUGGGCCUUCAGACCUGGCUUCCUUCAAGCUACUACAUCAUCUCCAGAGCCGGGUCAAACAGCUCCGUGCUGAGAACCAGGCCCAUUCCUUUAGCGCCACUCUCCUGGGAAAUGCCCUUCCAGGCAGGUCUCCAAUGGAGCUGGCUGGGUCCUACCUGGAGACGAUACCACUGUCCCAGGACUGCUCUCGGUUUUGGAAUCUUUCGUGUUCCAGGACAGUCCAGAGUUAACAAUUGUGUGGUUUGCCAGAUGUCAGUCUGUAAAAGUGUUUGUGUAAAAUAAAUAACUGGAGGAUCAAUGUCAAAAUACUUAAAGCUCAUAAAAUAAAUGACUCUCUGAAUUACAGCAUAAAUUACCUAAAUGUCACAAUGACCAAACUGGUUGUUAAAUUCUCAUUCCUCUGCAGUUAUGUUUUACAACUAGGCUAAAGGUUGGGGACAUAGUCACUGAGUGAAUAUUUGAUCAACCAACCAUCUGCAGAGUGCAUGUUGUGGAGAUGGGACGUUUGGCAGUGGGAUCAUGUGAAUGGACUACAAUCUUAAGGACCCUGUGAAGCUGCAAGUCACCUUUGUUAAAUGUCUUGUGAUGUAGCAAGAGAGAUUGUAAUCAUUACUCCCAAUGUAAAUCUCACAUUAUGUGAAUGUGUAAAUUAUAUCGCAACGCAGUUUUGUUCUUUAUCACUGAAGCAUGAACAAAACGAACAAGUAGCACUAAGGACACUUCGAUCUGCAUCACUUCAGUUAGAGUGGUUGAAAUGUAAAAGCAAUGUUCCUGUAGUAGUAAAAUUAAUUCACAGUAAUGGCAGCAUAUUUCGGGAAUUACAUUUACAUUCACGCAACAUGUAAACACUUCAGCAAUAUAGACUGAAAAGUUAUUAGCUGCCACAUAAUUAAGGAAACCAACUAAUUUACCAGCAAAAAUAACAACUUAACACCUUGCAAAACUAUUUACAAAUGUUUUACAUAAAAGUGGGGCAAAUAGUUUUGCACUUUGUGCCAGGUUGUGCUGACACACAAGAGAAAGAAAGCCACAUGAGCAAAUAAAGUACAUGAACUGAAGAAAUAAUUAAAUCUGUAAUAGUUGUGCAGUUUGCAAAUGAUCAGCCUUUUCACUAACUUUUUACUGACUCAGAU